AGGACCAGCGGGCUGCUGCAUACUUUACAGAAGUCUGCCUGUAAAUGGGGGGAAACGAAGGGUCUUGAAAAGAAGCUUGCGGAGGAAAUGUCUCUCAACCGCGCUGCAAUGAGCCCGCACAGCACCGCGAAGUGACGGAAUUAAAACACCUUUUUGUUUUGUUUUUAAGUUAACAGAAGUUCAAACUGCUUCGCCUCGGCUCGACCUAACUUUGAAUAAAACGCAGUGGCCACUGGAGAAGUUGCUGAGCGGCGCAAUGGCUGCCCAGUGCGACGCUUUAAGCGGAUACUUGCUGCAGUCGGACCAGGGCUCCAACAGCGAGCGCAGCGCCGACUCUCCUCUCCCGGGAUCAGAGGAGGACCUGAGCGGACUCUGCCCGCUGCCCGACCCGGAGUGGACCGAGGAGAGGUUUCGGGUGGACCGCAAAAAGUUGGAAGUCAUGCUAUUAGCUGCCUCUGAGGGGAGAGUCAACGGCGGGGAGGAUUUCUUUCAGAAGAUCAUGGAUGAGACCCAAACGCAGAUCGCCUGGCCCUCCAAACUGAAAAUCGGAGCCAAGUCCAAAAAGGAUCCACACAUCAAGGUCUGCGGGAAGAGGGAGAAUGUGAGGGAAGCCAAAGACAGAAUAAUGUCCGUCCUUGACACAAAGAGUAACAGGGUGACUCUGAAGAUGGACGUCUCUCACACGGAGCACUCUCACGUUAUUGGCAAAGGUGGCAACAACAUCAAGAGGGUGAUGGAGGAGACGGGUUGCCACAUCCAUUUCCCAGACUCCAACAGGAACAACCAGGCAGAGAAAAGCAACCAGGUGUCCAUCGCAGGCCAGCCAGGAGGAGUGGAGGCGGCUCGAGUAAAAAUAAGAGAGCUGCUUCCUCUCGUGCUGUCUUUCGAGCUUCCCGCCAUCAUGCAGUCUGACCCCAGCUCCCCCACCGUGCAGCACAUCUCGCAGACCUACAGCCUCACCGUCUCCUUCAAGCCCCCGACCCGCCUCUACAGGGCCACCGGAGUGGUUCGCGGCUCGCAGAACAACGCCAACGCCGUCAAGAGAGGUACAGCUCUGCUGUUGGAGCAUUUGGCUGGGAGCCUGGCAAGCACCAUCUCCGUCACCACCCACCUGGACAUCGCACCCCAGCACCACCUCUUCAUGAAGGGCCGCAAUGGCAGCAACAUCAAGCACAUCACCCAGCGGACGGGGGCCCAGAUCCACUUCCCCGACCCGAACAGCCCCCAGAAGAAAUCCACGGUCUACAUUCAAGGCACCAUUGAAUCAGUCUGCCUGGCACGGCAGUACCUCAUGGGCUGCUUGCCUCUGGUGUUAAUGUUUGACAUUAAGGAGGACAUUGAGGUGGAGCCCCAGUGUAUCACGGCACUAAUGGAGCAGCUCGAUGUCUUCAUCAGUAUCAAACCAAAGCCAAAACAACCCAGCAAGUCCGUCAUAGUCAAGAGUGUCGAGAGGAAUGCAGUGAACAUGUACGAAGCCCGAAAGUGCCUCCUGGGUCUGGAGAGCAGCGGCGUGUCGUCCUCCUCCUCGCCGUCCGUGUUGUUGAAUCCCGCCGCCACCGUCCCGUCCCCGUCCUUCAUCUGCCCCGUUGGCCUGGACAUCCUGGCCUCAGCUGGCCUGGGGCUGAGCAAUCUGGGUUUCCUGGGAGCGGCGGCGGCCCACUCUCUCAACUCUGCUGCACCGAACGCUGUCCUCAACAGCUUGAACUCCUCCAUGAACCCGAUGCAGACCCAGAGCCCGAGCACCCCCACACCCGCCACAUCCCUCUGGCCCAGCUCACUCACCAGCACCCACGGCUUCCCAUCUCAGCUGCUGCUGCACCCCGCCGCCCAGGCCACAUUGAGUAGCAUCCUGCUGUCGAGUGUUCAGGGUUACACACAGAGUACGCCGUCCCCUCCUCCUGGCCUCGCCCCCAUAGAUAAGCAGCCCAACGGGGUCCCGGACUGCACCAAGGGCCCCUGCACCCUCAACGGACACGUCAAGCAUCCUAGCUCCGUCUACGGGAGGAUAGCGAGUGCGUCCCUUGCAGAAACCGUUUUGAGCCCAGCCCCAUGUGACUCGGUCCAGGAGGCCAGUGGACACAAUCCUUCAGAACCGCGGUCCAGCAAGUCCAGCCCAGAUGACGGUUCAGACACAUUUGUGGAAGUGGGCAUGCCCAGAAGCCCCUCGCACUCAGCCAAUGGCAUUGAGCUGAAACAGAUGCUGGCUUCAUGUAAGACGUCAUCAGGGAAGCGACAGGCUCUGGAGCUGCUGCAGGGAACCAAGAACUCCCACCUCCACUCCGACUGUCUCCUCUCGGACGCCGAGUCCAGCUCCUCAGACAGCCCUGUGGCCGAUAAACGGGCUCCCGGCAGCGAGCGAGCGGCUGAGAGGGAGCGAAUCAGACUGGACCCACAAACCUCCUUCGCCAACAUCCAGGCAUUUGACUAUGAACAGAAGAAGCUGUUGGCAACCAAAGCGAUGUUAAAGAAGCCCGUGGUGACUGAGGUGCGGACUCCGACUAACACCUGGAGCGGUCUGGGCUUCUCAAAGUCCAUGCCGGCUGAGACCAUCAAGGAGCUGCGCAGAGCCAAUCACGUUUCCUACAAGCCCAGCAUGAGCACCACCUUCGAGGAUUCUCCGCUGUCGUUGUCUCGCUCCGGCAGCAGGGAAGGCCUCGGGAACGGCAGUGAAUCCGACAACUGGCGAGACCGGAACGGCGGCGUUAACGGCCUGCCGGGUCACGACGAGUUCCCCUCCGUUGUCGGCAGCCCGAAGAGGAAGCAGAACAAAUCUGCUGCAGAGCAUUACCUCAGCAGCAGCAACUACAUGGACUGCAUCUCCUCGAUAACCGGCAGCAACGGCUGCAGCCUGAACUCGUCUCUGAAAGGCUCGGACCUGCCCGAGCUGUUCAGCACGCUGGGCUUGGGGAAGUACACGGACGUCUUCCAGCAACAGGAGAUUGACCUCCAGACAUUCCUGACUCUAACAGACCAGGACCUGAAGGAACUGGGCAUCACCACCUUCGGCGCCCGCAGGAAAAUGCUGCUCGCCAUCUCAGAACUAAACAAGAACCAGAGGAAACUAUUCGAGCCGCCCAUCAGGUCCUCUUUCCUGGAAGGGGGAGCCAGCGGGCGCCUUGCCCGUCAGUUUCAAGCAGACAUAGCCAGCGUCAGUGGCCGGUGGUAGGCGCCUCCAGACCCACGGGCCGUCCUGGAGCCCCGCCUCCAGUGUCAUUCUGUGCCUCAACAGCCCUGGUUCAAGCUGAAGGAAGACUGUUCAAAUGUUGUUGUUGUUGUUGCCAUAUAGUAUAAAUAUAUAUAUUAAAAAAGCCAUAGUUUUACCCGAAGUGCCAACGAGAAAAAAGGGAUUUCUCCGAAAAGUGAGGUUCAGUGUUCACUCCUUAUAGAGCCAGUGAGUCUAUCUGGAGCAUUUCUAUAUGAAGGUUUGUUGUUAUGGUUCUGAUGAAGGGUACUGUCCAGUAUUUCUGUCCCAUUUUCGUUCAAGGGAACAGGCAGAAUGAUUAGUACAAAUCAUUUUACAAAUUGAUACUACCUGCAUUUGUAUUAUGCUGUUGUAUCAGUGACAUGCACUUUAAUAUUACUAGAUUUUGCCUGUGAGAGCCUAAUUCAUUAGAUUUAAAUAACUGCAUUUUUGUUGUUGUUUUUUUAUUGACUAAAAGCACAGAUGCCUUUUUGUACCAAACCAAAUGUAAGCACUUACUAGUGAGUUUAGGGCGCCACCAAAGGAAGUGCAACAUGUGUCAAUGCAGCAAAGUGGUGACUCGAUCCGCUUGAACCAAAAGAAAGUAUCGCGUGGCCUUUGACCUUUGGCUGCCUUAAGUGUUUUGAUUGGUGGACAUUCCUCCGAGGUCAGUGUUUGUGUCCAACCGCAGUCUGUUUGUAUGUCUGUGUGUUUACUAGACAAAAAAAAAUCUAAUAUGUUUUACUCACUCCGCAUUUUGAUUUUAUUUUUUGUUUUUACCAUUUUAGGGGAAUGGGUGGGAUGUUUAACAGUAAUCGGUUUACAUUUGUAUUUUUUUUUAUACAUGUAUGAUUUUUGUUAUUAGAUUAUUAGUAUAUUCUACUUUUUUUCCUGCCCGUUUUAAUCCGUGGAGCCGUGAUGUGGCUGUGCCAUGACACAGUAGCAGAGCCAAGAGGCAGUGGGGCAACGCUUUAAAUGCCUCUCUCUGAUUAUGUCAACGGGCAUUUUUCUAUGGCUCUCCUUCCCUGUUAGUUUAUAGUAAUACGGUCUUUUGUCUCAUCUGUUAUUUGUCAGUGUUGGCUUCUCCGUGGCCCCGCCUGUGCGCCAAAGAUCUCACAAAGCACUCCUUCGUGUAUCCAGAGCUCGAGUUGCUACGCUAGAACUGUGUGCGGUGCCCUUUUGGUCUUCCCAAUAACGGGCUGUUCCAUUCCCAGCAAAGAAGGACCCAGCCGUGCCUUUUUGCAGCGAAAAAAAGUUAAGAAUAACAACAUAUUGAUCCGACCUUCCUCUCCAGUAGGGAGGCGCAUCACACAAACAAGCAGUUAGUUCACAGGCAAAUUGUGUCUCGUGAGAAUAUCUUCAGGAGAUGCAAAAAGGAAACCAAAGUCAUCAAAAGGACUGUGACGUUUAAGAUGAAAACAAAUACAAAUCUGAAACUGUUCCAGGAAACCCGGUUCAGCAGAGUUUAAUGAAGUUCCAGGAUUAUACACGCCGCGCUCGUGUUCGCCAUCAAAGCGGCCUGGACUCCUGUGUGAUGUUCGUUCACGAGAGAAACUCAUCCUCUUCAAACGGUUCUUUAACUUUGGAUAUCUCAAGUGUUGUUUUGCGUGGUAUUCUUAAACUGUAUGAGGAUUGAGCCGACACACUGAUCCGCCUUCCAAAGUCUUAAGUGCCUCUUUGUAAAAACAAAAAAUAAUAAUCUUUUGGCAAAAUGUGUUCCUUAGUGUAUAACAUCGAAGACCAACAAGUCUUUUCUCUGUUUGAAGGAGAGUAGUGUGUGUAUAAUCUAGGACGCUCUUGAGAUAGGAUCACGGUCGAGUGCGUGGACAUUAACCUCGCCGAGUUUUACUUGGAAAGAAAUUAACAGCGGUCCUCACGUGGUCUCCCACAGAGAGAAGUCCAUUAUUCCUCUUAAAUGUCCACGUUUACGGUGAUUCGUCGUGCAUCAUGUCCCCUUUUAACCACUUUCCAGCCUCCCGCGCUUCUGAUUUGAGCCAUUCUCAAUGUGGUUGUCAAGUAAAUAACACGAUACGAAAUGAUAGUGCGACACGGUUGCCGACGCCAACCAGGUAAUUAUCUCUUUUAUCUUGGGGGGGGGGGAGAACGCUAAUGGGAUUCUUUGUCCCCAGAGGAAACCCGGGGCCGGUCGGGCCCCACGCAUCAUGGUACGACAUAGAAACCGUGGAGCACCGACGUGCUGUGACUCGUGUUUCUGCCUCGCAGACAUUUGUUUUCAUCCCCUACCUUGUUCGGAUGCGUCUGCUCAGAGGGCCGUCGAGGUUCUCGUCUUAUCCAGUGAAUGUUCAACAAAUAUUGCCGCGUGUUAUUGCAGAUCGAUGAAGGCUCGGCGAAAGGGACUCGAGUGGAAACGUUUACCGCCAGCGUGUCUCGCCGUUGCCCUCCGAUGAGAGGAGAAUCACAAUUAUGUCUUUGAUUUGUUGUAUUAGUGAUAUUGUUGUUCCCAAAGGGAUUUAUUUGAAGGAGUCUUUGUACUGCAAUCAAAUGGUACAUUUAUAAUAAAUGUAAACCACUAAGGAUAAUACAUAACUUUUGUACAACUUUUUCAUCUUAUGCAACCAUUGUUUUUGUGUGAGAAAGGUACAAUUCUGCACAAAGUUCCAGAGAAGGAUUUGUGUAUAAACAUUGCCAUGUGGCCAAAGCUCUGUUCACUGCGGCAUCUGUUGAUGCUAUUGUUAUUCUAAUUGUAUUGUAGUACAGAUAUAAACAGGACAUUUUGGAGAAACUGUCAAGCAGAAACAAAAAAAAAUGUUUGUUCAAAUAUUAUGACAGUAAUAAAUUUAUGCAAACAAAGUC